AUGGUGCUCCAUCAGUAUGACUACAUCUUUGCCAUUGGCACUCUGUUUGCCAUGCUGGAUGCCUACAACAACGGUGCCAACGAUGUUGCCAACUCUUGGGCCACCAGUGUCUCAUCAAGGUCCAUCUCCUACCGACAGGCCAUGAUCUUCGGUACCGUCUUCGAGAUGCUCGGUGCCAUCACUGUCGGUGCCCGAACGGCCGAUACCAUCAAGAACGGCAUCAUCCCCACCUCUGCCUUCCAGGGCAACACCGGUGUCCAGAUGCUCGCCUUCACCUGCGCCCUCGCCGCCGCCUCGUCUUGGGUCAUGUGGUGCACUCGUCACUCCGCUCACGUUUCUUCCACCUACUCCCUCAUCUCUGCUGUCGCUGGUGUUGGUGUUGCUACUGUCGGUGCUUCCAAGGUUCAAUGGGGAUGGAAUGAUGGCAAGGGUCUUGGUGCCAUCUUUGCUGGCCUGGGUAUGGCUCCCGCCAUUGCGGGUGGUUUUGCUGCCGCCAUUUUCCUCCUGAUCCGCUUCGUCGUUCACGUCAGGAAGAACCCUGCCCCCUGGGCCGUCUACUCCUCUCCCUUCUUCUUCCUAGUUGCCGGUACUAUCUGCACGCUGUCCAUUGUCUACAAGGGUUCUCCCAACCUGGGCCUCGGCAAGAAGCCUGCGUGGUACAUUGCCGCUGUCACCAUGGGCACUGGCGGUGGUGUUGCGCUUCUGUCUGCCAUCUUCUUUGUUCCCUUUGCUCGCGCCAAGAUCCUGAAGAAGGAUUACACAGUCAAGUGGUGGAUGUUCCUCCUCGGACCUCUUCUGUGGAACCGCCCUGCUCCCGCCGAUGCUGAGACCGCUGCCGUUCCCGACUACGCUGUUGUUCAGCACCACAAGGAUGAUGAGCACUCUUCCGGCAACUCUGUCGAUGAGUCCCUCGACGGCGAGGUCCUUAAAAACGACGUGGAUGCCACGACAACCCCUGCUGAUGCCGAGAAGAACAUCUCUGCUGUUGAAGCUGCCAGGCCCACCUACGCCGAACUCAUGGUUGAGAACCAGAACCGCCUCAAUGCUAGACUAUACAAGAAACCUGGACCUAUUGGCUGGGCCAUGCGCACUCUCCGUGACAACCCCAUGGGCCCUGGUGAGAUCUACGAAUUCAAGAACAUCAAGAUCCUUGCUAUCCGUAUCCCCGCCAUGAUCACUGCCGGUCUUCUCUAUGGCCUCUACUACGAUAUCCACGCUGCCCAGACCGGUACUGAGGGUACUCCCGAUGGUGAGCGCAUGAAGCGUGUCUACGCCGCUGCCGAGAAGUUCCCCAACGAGGUUGAGCACACCUACUCUUUCAUCCAGGUUUUGACUGCUUGCACUGCCUCUUUCGCCCACGGCGCCAACGAUAUCGGUAACUCUGUUGGUCCCUGGGCCGUCAUCUACUCUGGCUGGAAGACUGGUAACGCUGCCGCCGCCAAGGCCCCCGUUCCCGUCUGGCAGUUGGCUGUUCUGUCUGCUAUGAUCUCCAUCGGUCUCUGCACCUACGGCUACAACAUCAUGAAGGUCAUGGGUAACAAGAUCACCUACCACUCUCCUUCUCGUGGUUGCUCCAUGGAGAUGGGUGCUGCCAUUACCGUUCUCGUCUUCUCUCAGUACUCUCUGCCCGUUUCCACAUCCAUGUGCAUCACUGGUGCCACCGUUGGCGUUGGUCUCUGCAACGGUACCUUCAAGGCCGUCAACUUCCAGCGAGUUGGACUUUUGUUGUUCUCCUGGAUCAUGACCAUUCCCAUUGCCGGUACCCUCGGUGGUGUGCUGAUGGGCCUCUUCCUCAACGCUCCCCACUUCCUGCCUGCCGCUGCUUCUGCUUAA